AUGGAACCCACGCCAGACCAAACGCUAGUUUCCCAAGCAAUUUCCGAUAUAUUUCUUCCAUUUUUCGAUCCCGAUGUCCUGCUUAAGGGGUAUUCGCAAGAAAGUGCUCAAUUAUUGACGAGAAAAAUAAGCCCUAUAUUCUGGCAGGUGACGCAGAGUCUGUCAGUUCCUGAAUGCGUUAUUCUUAUUUCUGCGAGGCAAGCGUUCACCGAUUCAAAUAUAGCGAACUGGGGCCUGCACCUGUUUGCUAUGAGCAAGGAUCGAAAUCAACAAGUAGAACAAAAAAUGGCAUAUAGGUAUAGUGUACGGGCUAGAGAGUAUCUAGACGUUGCUGCAUACGACUCACGGUUUGACAAGCUCAAGCAAAAACUUGAAGAGCAAAUCGAACGUCUAGCCAGCGAUAAAAAUUGUACAUUUAAGGUCUUUAAGGCCUUCAGAGGUCUUAUAUUUGAAGUGACGACUGACGAUGAUCUCACAAGUUAUCUCACUAAUGAAACAUGGUCGCUCUGCUUUGCAUGUAUAGAGGAGGAUGAUUUUACCCGUCCUUUGUUGCAGGCAUGGUUUAUUAGCGAGGGCGCCCAACAGUAA